ACACACAGUCGUGCACAGUUGUGUGUGUGAUAAUCUUGUAAAGGCUAGCAGAGUCACAGAUGACACCAGGACACACACCUCCCACGCUGUUCCAAUCCCAUGAGCGCUUCCUGGUUGUCGCGAAGGGAGCAAAAGGGCCGACAGACAGACAGACAGACAGAGAGUGACCGCGCGCAGACAGGUGAGCGUAGUGCGCGCGGACGCUGGAUGUGCAUGCGUGUUGAGGUGACGGAGUGGGUUGCUACCGGAAGUGAGCGCGCCGGUCAGGUGGGACGCGGCGGAACCGCUCAGGUGGCACACAGGUGAGAGCAGUGAGACAGAUAUACAGACAGACAGAGGAGCACAGCUCAGUGUUUAUGGGAGGUGGCAAUGUCUCCUGGAGAGGAUGGUCUGAUUGGAAUCCCAUUCCCAGAACACAGCAAUGAGCUUUUGUCCCGCCUCAACGCUCAGCGCCGCUCUGGCCUGCUCUGUGACCUCACGCUGACCUCCCGUGGUGCCCGUUACCCCACACACCGUGCUGUCAUGGCCGCAGUCAGCCUGUAUUUCCGCCGGUUGUUUGGGGCGGAGGAAGUGGGUGAGGCUGGUGAAGUGAGUGAGGGCUGCAGCGUGUGCCAGCUGGACUGUGUGUCCCCAGAUGCCCUGGAUGCUCUGCUGGAGUUUGCCUAUACAGCUACAUUAACCAUCCGCUCAUCAGGCAUGCGUGAGGUCCUCGAGGGGGCCCAACUGCUCGGCAUCCAGUGCGUGGCUGAUGCUUGUCGCCACAUCUUGGGCGAGGUGGGAGAGAAUGAUGAGCUGGGUGGGGAGGGUGGCGAACUGAGUGGGGGGGGUGAGUUGGGUGUGGCCAACAAGGAAAGAGCAAGUUAUGCUGAGAAAGACCAAAAGACACCAUCACGCAGGAAACAAGACCGUCGCAAUGUAGAGAAGGCAUCGUCACCUGUACGUCCGGCAUGGAACACACAAUCCCAAGAGGACAAGCCUAAAUGUGAAGCUCCACCCACCCUUGAGCACAAACCCCACCCAUCACAGAAUGGAGCUUCACAAAGUGCUCAGCAGGUGGCGCUCAUGAAUGGAGGUGCGCACUGGCAUCCACAGUCAGUGAAAGAGGAGGAGUCAAAACCCGAGGGGCUCACACCUCCUCCGAACCACACCCCCUCUCAAGCUGAAAUAGCAGUGGGCGGAGCAGUAGAGGGUGUAGCCAGGAAGAGGAAGUCUCAGGCUCCUCAGCAGUGUCCCGUCUGCCAGAAGAUCAUCCACGGAGCAGGAAAGCUUCCACGUCACAUGAGGACACACACGGGCGAGAAACCAUUCCAGUGUAUGACCUGCGGUGUGCGCUUCACACGGAAUGAUAAAUUGAAGAUCCACAUGCGGAAGCACACAGGCGAGCGACCGUACUCUUGCCCCAGCUGCCCCGCCCGCUUCCUGCACUCCUAUGACCUGAAGAACCACCUGUCCCUGCACAGUGGUGUGCGGCCCUUCGAGUGUCCACUCUGUCACAAAGCCUUUGCCCGUGAGGACCACCUGCAGCGCCACCGCAAGGGCCUUGCCUGCCUUGAGCCUCGCCCACGUCUGGAGCUCCGCCCACGCCGUGCUCACCAUGCUGCCUCGCCACACUCUCCACUGUCACCACCAUCGUUAUCUCCAACAUCCUCAUCAUCCACCACGCCACACUUCUUGUUCCGGCAGGAAGUGGAGAACCCGGGCACUCCGUCACAUGGGCCAUUGAUCCCUGGAGGAAUGGCGUAUCUCCAGUGGAGGCUGAUGGAAGAGAGAGGGGGUACAGGAUGGAGGGAAGAUGAGGAGGAGUCUUAGAGUUUGCAAGUGUGUGUGUGUCAGAGAGAGAAAGAGAGAGAUUAUGCCGCUAAUUAAAGACCAACUUAAUGUACAAAUCACCAAAACUCUUAACAAAAGGAAUCUGAAUAGGAGAAACGGGUUAUUUUUUUCCUUCCCUUUUGUGUUUUUCUAAAAUGUGCUUAAAUUUGUUUUCGUUUGUGUAACACUGGAACGUCAGGGCUUUGAUCAUCUAAUGCGUUUUGUGUUCAACUUUAAUGAAAUAAAUGAAUAAUAGGUUGUUAAUAUAUUCAGGGUGAUGAAAUGUAGAAUUAAAUAAUACUGUGAGUUGAGCGAGAGAGGGGGGAUUUAUGGCGUUUAAACAGUGCUUUUUAAUUUAAAUCUGAAGUGUCUCUCCAAGAUUCUGUUCAAACGCCAUGGAAAGUGGUUUAUUAGUGAAACGCUGACACCUGGUGGUGUAGGACAUAACUGCACUUGCUCACUUCAGCCUCCGUGCACGUAACACACCCUCGUCUCAUCCACUUCUCCAACCCCUCUAAAGUGUACAACUUUAGUGUAAAGUCACCGGAGUGUGCAUAGAAGACACUGAAGUACACACACACCGACUGCGUUUUAAUGUAACCUAAACAUAACCCGAAAUCAGAUGUUUUAUAUUCAUUAAUUUCCUGAGCAACCCUGUCGCUACAGCCUCGUAGCCAACUGGGCAUUAUUGAAACCUCCUAGAGACAGCAUAGCAACCCCUUGGGACCUCAUAACAGCUACGUAGCAAGACCCUAGUAACCAGGUGACAUCGCAUCGCAACCACCUAGCAACACCCUAGCAACCAACAUCAUUAGCAUAACAAUAGCCUAGCCUAGGAAUAUGACACAUCGAGAGGGGAAGUGUUUUCCUGUGAAUUCCUAAAAUACACAAUCAGUUUAGCACUUAAACAGGUACAUGUCUGUACUUUGUCAUUUGUUGUUAUUAUUAUUCUUCACAGGAAGUUCAUGUCACUUCCUGUGUAGAUAACUAUGAGCUGUUGAGCCGUCUGUGGGUUUAUUUAUUAGUUAAAUGUUUAAUAUUUGUUUAAUGUUUGUCUUUAAAACACACUCACUCUUGUUUGUCUCUCUCUGGUUAGUGAUACUACAGUGAGGAGGGAAAGGCCCUAAUCCAGUAGGGGGCGUUGUGCUCCCACACACCAGCCUUCACGUGUUUUAGUACUUGUAUCUCUGUGUGCUUUCAUGUUGAAGGUGUGUCUCAAAUCAUAUAUCCAUAGUGCACGUGCAGUAGCGUGCUCACACUGGGAUAAAUUGCUUUUUUUUUGGAGCAGAUGGAAACUGGCCAAUCAGAACAAGAAAGAGCUGACAACAGGAACCAGUGACCAAUUAAGUGAGUGGCAGUGUGCUGAGUGUGUGAAAUGCCACACGGGUCAGAACAUUUUAAUUUCCUCUUUAAGCCCAAGCUUAAUAAACUUUUCAACUGGGAGCUUCACUGUUCUACUGAGUGAACAGUCAAUUCUGCAGAUUCUUCUUUUACUACCUGCUGCAGAGUUCAUACUUUUCUGUGGACAUGGAAUUGUUGGGGAUGGAGCUUGCUCUUCUGCAUGCCACUGGUCAUAUCCCAUCUUUACAAAAUAACAACCCUCUUAUCUACCAUUUCAGUCAUGUUUUUGGUUCCUCGGACAGUUUCAAAACAUUUGUUUACUCAGGUGGUGCCAGAACUCUGUGGUUCUGGUUAAUAGUUCUGUUAAUGCUUUAAGUCCAUUCUGACCAGUUUCACAGAUUGCAAUGUUUUUUAGUUCAAUUUAAGAAAAAUAAACCAAAUAACUGAAUCAGUCGUGUGUGUUUUAAAGAGAGGUUUUAGAACUGUGUGAGUAAAACUGCCUUCAAUUUCUCAGGAAUUAUAAAGCAAUGCACUGAAAGAAGUAUGUAAAUUAGCUGUGGAUAUUAUUAUCCCUUGUUUAUUUUUAUGGAAUACAGACAAUAUUUGAAAUUCCUAAAUAAAUAAUUAUAAAAGCCUAUAUUGUAUAGAAUUAUAGUUUAUUACACAGAAGUGGGUGUUGGUGAGGGAAUUAACAGGUAACUUUUAUCACUGUUAAUAAACAGAAAUAAUUACAUGCUGUAACUUUUCUCUGGUAUAAACAUACAUGGUCAAUAAACAGAGAAUAUUCUCAUAGAA